GGCAGAGAUCAACCGUCAGCGCAGAAUGCUGGGUAUCAAACCUCUCAUCCUCUUACACAGAAUAGAUGUCCCACAGCAACAUGUGUGUAAGGAGGAGGAGGCUGAGCAGCAGCUCUGUCACCAGGAGAGGAAGUCCAGUCUGGAUCAGGAGGAGCCAGAGCCUCCACAGAUUAAAGAGGAGCAAGAGGAAGAGCAGCUCAAACAGGAGGAGACUGGCAUGUUGAAAAUGACUCCUACUAAGGAAAGUGAGAACAGAGAAGCAGAUGGAAAACAUGAACAACCGCUCCUUUCUCACAACUCUCAUGUUGCUGAGAAUCAAAAUCCCAACAAGCAGAAAGACUCAGAGAUAACUGUAAAAUCAAAACCGAGACAAAAGAGAGACAGAAAACAAAUGGGUGAGAGGCUGUAUUCAUGUGAAGUAUGUGGAAAAGAUUUUAAACAGCAAUCGCAUCUAAAACAACACAUGAUGACACACACAGGUGAGAAGCCUUACUCCUGCAGCACCUGUGGAAAAAGAUUCAGUCAGAAAUCACAUUUGAAUCUGCACAUUCUUAUUCACACAGGUGAAAAACCAUACACCUGCUCAAUGUGCAACAAAUCUUUCAAACUUAAAAAAUAUUUGACAGUCCACAUGAGAAGUCACACAGGUGAGAAGCCUUACUCCUGCAGCAACUGUGGAAAAAGCUUUAGUGGGAAAACAGCUUUGAAUUAUCACAUAACUUCCCACACAGAUACAAAGCUGCACAGCUGUGGUACCUGUGGGAAAAGAUUCAGUCAUAAAUAUAACUUGACUCAGCACAUUCAUACUCACACAGGCAAAAAGCCAUACACCUGUGGUACCUGUGAGAAAUCAUUCGCAAGUAAAUCUAAUUUGGACCACCACAUAAGGAUCCAUACAGGUAAAAAACCACACACCUGCACAAUGUGCAACAAAUCUUUCAGACGUAAAAAUCAUUUGAAAGACCACAUGAGAACACACACAAGUGAGAAGCCUUACUCUUGUAGCACCUGUGGAACAAGAUUCAUAACAAAAUCAAAUUUGAAUAAGCACAUUUGUACUCACACAGGCACAAAGCUGUACAUCUGUGGUACCUGUGAGAAAUCAUUCGCACAGAAAACUACUUUGGACCACCACAUAAAAAUCCACUCAGGUGAAAAACCACACACCUGCACAAUAUGCAACAAAUCUUUCAGACAUAAAAGUUAUUUGACAGUCCACAUGAGAAGACACACAGGUGAGAAGCCUUUCUCCUGUAACACCUGUGGAAAAAGAUUCUUUGAGACAUCAGAUUUGAGAAAGCACAUUAAUGCUCACAGAAAUACAAAUCUCUACACCUGUGGUACCUUUGGAAGAUCAUUCACCAAAAAAAGUAACCUGAAAAGCCACAUAAAACUCCAUACAGAUGAAAAACCGCACACCUGUAUAUUGUGCAGCAAAUCUUUUAGAAAAAAAAGUUAUUUGACAGUCCACAUGAGAACACACACAGGUGAGAAGCCUUACUCCUGCAGCACCUGUGGAAAAAGAUUCAAUGAGAAAUCAUCUUUGAAUAAGCACAUUCGCACUCACACAGAGCAAAUCGGCUCAACGAUCAAAAAUCCGACCAAGCUGAUAUAA